GAAAUCCGCCUUCCAGAAAAGACCAAUCAAGGACAGUGAUUUUUUUUUUCCCCGCUCCUUUGCCACCGCCCACUGCUGAACUUGCUGACAACCUAGACAGUUCCCCGGACUUGCUUUACCUUUCCAUUUCCUCCCACCCAGCCAACCUCCCGACCCCGACUCGCUACGCUAAUGGGACGCCGGAGGACCCAGCGAGCAUGCGCGGCCGUUCCGAGCAUGCUCAGUAGUGCUCAGGGUGCCCCCGAGUUCCACCGCUCUGCCGCCGACGCGGAGGUUUCCGCGGCUGCUGCUGCACCAACAGGAAGUGAAUCGGCUCGGCCAAGGGACGGCGGCGGCCCGGACAGAAGGGGAAGAAGCCCUUCGGCGACGACGUCGUCGACGGGGGUAGCCGAGGGGGCUGAGCGCCUAGGGGACUCGCCCGCUCGGAAACCGGAUCCCGAGCCGGGCAGGAUGGAUCAUCACCAGCCGGGGACUGGCCGCUACCAGGUGCUUCACAAUGAAGAGGAUCAUUCAGAAUCAUCUGCUGUAGAGCAACCAUCGGCUUCAAGCCCGACCCCGCAGAUGGUGCAGAUGACUCCGUCAGCAGCAGGACUCGAAUCUGACUCUUGUCCUCCACCUUACAGUAGUAUUACUGUGGAAGUACCUACAACUUCAGAUACAGAAGUUUACAGUGAGUUUUAUCCUGUGCCACCUCCGUACAGCGUUGCUACCUCUCUUCCUACGUAUGAUGAGGCUGAGAAGGCCAAAGCCGCUGCAAUGGCGGCCGCCGCCGCAGAAACAGCUCAGAGAAUUCAGGAAGAAGAGUGUCCACCAAGAGAUGACUUCAGUGAUGCAGACCAGCUCAGAGUGGGUAAUGAUGGCAUUUUCAUGCUGGCAUUUUUCAUGGCAUUUAUUUUCAACUGGCUUGGAUUUUGUUUAUCCUUCUGUAUCACCAAUACCAUAGCUGGAAGGUAUGGUGCUAUCUGUGGAUUUGGCCUUUCAUUGAUCAAAUGGAUCCUUAUUGUCAGGUUUUCUGAUUAUUUUACUGGAUAUUUCAAUGGACAAUAUUGGCUUUGGUGGAUAUUUCUUGUACUUGGCCUGCUUCUUUUCUUCAGAGGAUUUGUUAAUUAUCUAAAAGUCAGAAAUAUGUCUGAAAGUAUGGCAGCUGCUCGUAGAACAAGAUACUUCUUCUUAUUAUAGAGGCUGCAUUGACCAGACAUUCCUUUCUUAUGCCAAUGUGAAAUCUCCAGAUCCUCUGUAAACUUACAACUUUAACAGAAGACUACUAAAAGCAGAAGACAAAUUGGUGAAGAGUAGAGCCUCAGAAUUGAAUGACAGAGUGGUUUAUGCUUAAAAGCCAUUUCUGUUCAUUCUCUAGAUAUUUAUAUUUCAUUUGUUUUGCACAUUUACAUACGUGCCCAUUUAAAAGAUUUGCAUAUACUUGAAGGAAACCAUAAAGUAACAGUAAAGUCCAUUUGGUUAAUCAGUGUUUUAUAUCAUUGAAAGAGUUGAGUGAUAAACAGUCUUCCAGCUUGUAAAUGCCAUUGACUUCUGACCUGACAUUUAGUAUAAUAAAAAUGAAAUUAUUAACCAUGUCAGAUGCUUUAGUUUCUGGCUCUGAGAUUCAUCGAAUAACUCUCCACAUGACUCUUUUGUUAUAUAUGUUUUCUUGAAACCUGCAGUGCUGAUUAUUAGAAAGGCUUUGUCAGAUUUUUGAACCUGAUAUUUACAUCAUUAUUUAGCAAAACUUCUGUAAAUAACUGCACAUAAAUUACUUUCUGCAUUGUUUCUUAGAAAUUGUGUCUGGAUGUCUUUUCAUUAAUUUAAAAUUAAGUGAACUUAAUAUAUAGAGACAGUUUGGGUAUUAAAGAUAGUUUGUUUUAGGACAGAUUUUAAGAAAAUGUGGGUAUUCCACACAUCCUUUAUAUGAAAUUUUUUUUUUUAAGGAAAUGCCAGUUUUAGAGAUUCUCAAAGGAGAAGUUUGGUUUUUUAGUAUUGCCCAUCAUAAAGAUUCUUGCAGAAAGAGAUUGUUUUAGGUAUUAUAUUUAUUUCAUUUAAGACAUUUCUGAAAAUUAAUUUUCUGAAUAUUUGCAUUUGUCUUUUAAAAAAACAAAAGUAUCUUCAAUAUCAUUGUAAUAAUUUUUUCUUUUGAUGUUUAGUUAGUUAAAACUUAGCAGGUAAAAACUUGUACUAUUAAUAUAGCUCCUUUAUGAUUGUAGGAUUAACUUGUAAAAAUCAUAUGCUGACUUGAGAUGUGUGAAAUACCUGUUAUCAAGUUAGGGGAAUGUGUCUGUGGCAUUGAGUAGGGGUGUGGGUGUGUGUGUAUGUUGGGAGAGUGUGUGUAUUUGACCAUUUAUUAAAUACAACUGGAAUCUACAUAAGCUACAUUGUGCAAAUCAUUUUAUGUCUCAUCUGUUUCUUUUCAGUUAUAUCUUUGCUUUUGAAUGCCAACAUUAAAAAAUGGUGGGAAUUAUAUCUUUUAAACUUAAGAAUCAUUUACUAUGGCUAUAUAGAACAUAUAAAAGUGAUGGCUUGUUCAUUAUUAGACACUGACUACUACUAAAAUACACAUCUAAAAUUAUGCAGGGACAUUUUUCCACUUCUGAAAAUAAAAUUUAUUAUGCUUUAUAACUUCUUUUGUAUUUCUGUGUAUUUUCUGAUUUAUUUCAUUGUCUUUGAUAAAUAAAACAUGCAAGUUUUGUUUUGCUAAUUGAGCCUCCUAUUUGUUUUCCCUCAUUCAUUCUCCUCCCUGCUCAGAACUUGUAUUGUUGACUAAAAUAACUUUGUUACACCCUUGAAGUAAAACAAUAGGAUGGGUUAAAGAAAAAAAAAUUUAAUUUAGUUCUGAUUUGGAGAUAAAAUUAGCAUGUGCUUAUAAGAAAUGUAAACUCAUCCUAGAUCUCUUUUUAUCUCAUAUUAAUUUCCAAUAGGCCUAUACUUUGUUCUUUAUAAUUUUUAAAUGAAAUUAAGCUAUGAUACAUGGUGAUUUUAAAUUACUAGAUCAGCUAUCACACAUCAGUUUAUUAAAAUGUCACUUUAGUUUUUGUGGCAUUUAUAUUAAUAUGUCAUUUUCAAGCACCAUCAGAAAUUUCACUUUUUGCUUUGAUUUGUACAUAUUAUCGAGUAUUCCAUAAUAGGUACAUGUACAGUUCAAUGGUAGCCUUAAUUCUCAUCAUUCAUCAGGGGAAUCAUAAUAUUUUUAAAAACUUAAAAUUUCCUUCCAGAUUUGUCAGUUCCAGCAUACUUCUCUUUAUUUACUGUGUGUUUGGAUAGAACAGCUGCUGUGCUGUCUGGAGGACAGUUAACCAUCUUUGCACUCUGCCUUAAAGAUCGAAAAUCAAAAUCCUUGUUAUUGUGUCUAAAUAUUGUGAAUGAGUGUGAGCUAGGGCUUGGAGGUUAAUGCAAAAAUUUAUUAAAUCAUUUCUGUUACAUUUGAAUAAGCUAUUUAUGGCCAGGAUAGUCUACUUACAGAGUAAACAAGGCAAAAAUACAUUUUUCUAUAUAGUGUGGUCAGGAUUUUAGAAAUUUAAAAAAGACAAAUCCUAUUACACUUGGUUAAAAUGAAAAUCUCUGUUUAAUAGAAAAAAUAGUUAUCUCUAGCUUUUUGAGUCUAUAACAUCCCAGGUAAGGUUAUUCAUAAAUUUUAACCUGUUAAGACAGUAGUCACUAGUAUUUCCAGCAAAAUCUGUCCUAACAGGAAAUAAUGGGAGUCCAAAAAGUCCAAUUGAAGAAAAAUUCCUUAAUCUAACAUUAUUUUCAACUGGCCUAUACUGGCCCCAAAAGCACAAAAGUAAUGUAGUGCAUCUGAUGCUGUAUUUAACCAGAGUGACAUAUAUCCUGAGUUUGCUCAGAACAGUUCUGGUUAUUCCUGUUUUCUCAGCUUAAAAUAGUGCCUCCUCUCUCAAAAGUGCCCUAAUUUGGAGCAUAAGUUAUAUGGUCACUCUCUUUAUAUAACUGUACACUGUACUGGGAAAUGACUGCCUAAACUCAUUGUUCUUUGAGAGAAGGAACUGGAGUAUUGAGGCAGGAGCCAGUGAUGGUUGUCAAUGGCUUUUCCUAGCUGACCACUUGUUUGGCCUGUAGAACAUGUAUAGUAUCCUUUUUUU